CUCUCAGAAUGUGCAGUCCUACAACACAUAAAUACGGUGAAAAAAUAACUAGCAAAAAGUUGCAGUGUAUUUUGGGCACAUCCACGAAUCUGGUUCCAUAAUAUUGAUUGUGGUCUUUCUCCUUAUUAUGGGCAGGGACACGGGUUUACCAUAAUAACAGAUGUCGGAGAGAGAGCGAAUAAUGUGGAACUACAUAAACAAAAAUCAAUACAAUUGUGUGACAGUAACCAGUUCGUGGGUGUUGGUAUAGAACAACAAGCGUGGAACAGAGCAAGGCAAUUCGCACUUUUCGAAAAAAAGUCAUCCGAAAUUCCCAUGUGACGCCUUGAUACCAGCGCGCCCAAGCAUCGUGUAUCAUACAUCAUUUUACUUCGUUAGAUGGGAGCAGAGAGCGCAGUUCAAGGACUUGGAGUACGCAGCAUUUUCGAAAGGACAACGAGAGAGAAGGGGGAGAUUGAAAUGAGACGGCGGCGAGCCAAGCAUUCCUAUAUCCCGCUGUCAUUCGAUAGAAUCAUGCUUUAGUGAACCUCUCAGCCUAUAGUGUACAUUGUACAGCUAAUGCUGAUUCUCUUUUAUUAAUGUGAUUUUUUUUGUGAUAAAUUUUGAUAUUCCAUCAUGGAUGUUCUUGGGCAUGCUUGUUCGGCUUGUUUAUCAGCUUUGAAGAGGAGUAAUCCCAAAUCGAAUACCUCUGGAAUACCCACAGGAUUUCAUUUUGGAGUUAUAUUAUGGAUAUUACUAAUUACCCCACAAGGGACUCGCACUGAUGUGACGAUACGCAGAAAUACUGUGAUUUCGUGGGCUGACGAAUUAGGAAGGCGUUUGUACAACCUCAGCAGAACGUACAGCGGGAGCGACGUCGUCCACGAGCAAUAUGGAAGCGAACAGAAUAUAGAGAUCUUACCGGUCAACGGAGAGGAUCUGGUUCAAAGCAUGGCUAACCAGAUGCAAACAAUGUUGCAAGACAAGGCAAAAGCUGUCGAGAGAAUCGUUCAGUCGGCUGAGGAAGGUUUUCUGAAUCAUGACUACGACAAUGCAACAGAGUUUACGUACUACAAUGCGAUCCUUGUGAAUACGAAUACUACAGUGGAUCCGGAUUUGGAGAAAGAUAUCCGGAAAGAACUGGACGUUACACCGGAUAGCCACUUUGACAAUAUACCGAUCAACACUACUAUUGCAACUAUUCAAGUGCCAACUAAUGUAUACAAUCAAGGUAUUGAAUUGCUGAAUAGUAUUGAAGCGACGGUUCUGUUAGACGAAACCUAUCACGAGAAUUACCAGAACGAUCCGACUUUGACUUGGCAGUACUUCGGAAGCAGAACAGGGUAUUUCAGAGUCUACCCAGGGUAUAGAUGGGUCCCACCUAUAGAGGAUCUCGAUCUGUACGAUUGCAGAGUACGUGGCUGGUAUGUUGAAGGGGCCACCUCUCCCAAGGACGUGGUCAUUCUAGUUGACAUGAGCGGCAGCAUGACCGGACUCUACGUCGAGAUCGCCAAAUACGCCAUCAAGAAGAUCCUCGACACCUUUGGCGACAACGAUUUCGUCAACGUCAUCAGUUUCAACGAAACUACCAAGUUCAUUCAGCCAUGUUUCAACGAUACCCUCGUGCAAGCUACCUCAGAUAACAAAAAUUUGAUUAAAGAUGCACUGACUAGAUCAGUCCCCAAACUAGAGCCGUACGGUAUGGCAGACCUAUCAAAGGCUGUGAGACACGCUUUUAAUUUACUUAGUGAUUUCAACAGCACAAACCGUGGUUCUGGAUGCAACCAAGCUAUCAUGAUAAUCUCCGACAUGCUCACAGAAACAGCGGAAGAUGUCUUCAGGGAACUCAACCCAAAUCAAACGGUAAGGGUUUUCACCUACCAGACAGGCAGGGAAGUAGACGGGCCUACCAAUCUUAUCAAGGUCGCUUGUGAAAAUCGAGGCUACUACACCAGAUUAGCAACGAUAUCUGACGUCGAAGAACACGUAACGAGUUAUCUCCAUGUGCUCAGUCGGCCGAUGGUGAAUAAGCGACUACGUAAAACAGUCUGGAGUAGCGUCUACUGGGAUGCUUUGGGGCUUGGGUUAACAUGCUCGGUAUCUCAGCCAGUUUUUAACGUCAAAAACGAAACGAUGGAUAAGGGAAUACUUGAAGGAGUAGCAGGUUGCGAUGUUCCCAUCAACGAACUGAAAAAGUUUACUCCACCAUUUAAGCUUGGUGUGAACGGAUAUUCGUUUGCGAUUACAAAUAACGGAUACAUCCUCUACCAUCCGGAAUUGAGGUAUCUUCAUACGGAUGGGAAAGUCAAACCGAAUUACAACAGUGUGGAUCUAGCCGAGGUUGAAUUAUCCGAUACCGAAGACGUGGAUUCUUCCAAAUGGAGUUCUGCACAUCUCGUUUCGGGAAAGGAGCUCCGUAAUGAGAUGGUGGACAGACUUUCUGGCAGCGUUACUAUGGAGAUUAAACAUAUGUUUGAUGAUAUGAAAAGAGUCAGCGUUCGACGCAGUAAAUAUUAUUUCACUCCUCUCCACGACACUCCUUACAGCUUGGGAAUUUCACUCCCUGAAUCGUAUGCGAAUAAACAUCUAGAAACUCCAGCUCUGUUCGAACAAGAACCUUCAGAUAAUCAAUCUUCCGCUGAUGUGUGCGAGAUACAACAAGCGGCUAGACUAUUGUUUGGAGAUGGAACACUCGGACAAACAAUCAUAGCAAACUGGCUGUACUGUAAGAUCAAUUACAGUUCUUCUGAGCGAUACGAAGGAGAGGAACACGUUGCUCGAUUCCUCCAGGAUGCGGCGAAGAAGGGAGGGAAACUGAGUUCUACCUGUGAUACUGUCAUGGUCAACCACCUUAUAUUUGAUGCCAACGUCACUCGCUUCAUGCCGGAUUACUGGAAAUUAGUUUACGGUGAAGCACUCCCGAGCACUGUAGACACCACCAUGUUCACCACCCUACCCACCAACGAAACGGAACAGGAGAUAUUCUCCAACAUCCAGAACAUCUUGGCGCAGAUCGACGAGUACUGCUCCCCCGGGGGACGGGGGUACACGACGGCCACGCCCCACAACCAGACCCAAGAUUCUGCCGAGGAAACAGAUAUCCUCACCACGGGAGACACCGGUACCCAUCCCACGGAGCCGCCCAACAUGCGGUACACCACCUCCCUCUUUGGUACGACGGAGAACGUCCCUUACCUGGACUUCCCCUACCUCGACCCCAAAAGGGAUGGUGUGGUUUUGUCUUUUCUUGGUACAUACGGAGGACUUACACGGAUAUACCACAACCCAAAUAUGGACUACAUGUUUCCGGAUUUCUCAAGCAAAGAUCGGCAAAACACCAUCGAAGAGGAUUACUUCAGACGACCAGUAGAUGAAAUCAACGAGGGAUUUAUAUAUUCUGUCCCAUUCGAUACGGAUUCGGAUUAUAUGUUUUACAGUGAUCCCUUAGUGACUGCAAGCACAGCAAUACACGUGAAUAAAGACGGUUCCACGUUUGUAACUGCUGCUGCCGGCUACCAAUUUCUUGGAAGUGCCUUAAAAGAAUUAUUUUUCAACAUUACAAGCUAUCAGUACGAAGAAGACUGUGGCUAUGACUGCACACCGUCGUGUUAUAAUGACAGUGUAGAAUGCUUCCUUAUCGACAAUAAUGGAUACAUCGUCGUUUCGAAAGACGAGGGACAGGUGGGGACACAUUUUGCCAUGUAUUCACAAAACUUGCGAUUAUUUGACAAACUUGUCAGCGACAACAUAUUCCAAGAAAUAACAGUAGUAGAUUACCAAGGAAUGUGUGAGCGUAAUUUCACCGUAAGCGCCGCACCAACACUUCGUAACACAUUAUCUAAUAUCAUGUCAAUGUUCACUUGGCUGGCCAAUCAAUUCAUAGUCUUCCUAAGCCAUGCGAGUAUGUACGAUUGGCUGAUAUCAACAUUUUUACCUGGAGAUACCUUAGCUGAGAGAGUAUGGUUUGACCCGUGUGAACACGAGUAUACAUUUUAUGUCGCAAAUAAAACUGGUAACAUCGUGGGAGGCCAGCUGUAUGGUUCCUUCCAAACUUCUUGUACCGACUGCACCAAGUCUUUCGGUGUGCAGCCAGUGCCUUAUUCUAACCUCCUUCUAGUCAUCCAGGACAGAGAUUGUUCCUGCAAUGCGAGAAACAGCAUUCAACUGGACCCCGAAGAAGUGAUUUACAAUGAAACAGCCUGGUGCCAAAGACUACGACAGUUCAAAACGAGACGGAGACCCGAUACGUGCUUCAAAUACGAUCCAAAUGAAGAUUCAUCAGAAUGUGGGCGUGGCAUUGCUUCCCGACCUUCCACUUGCCUCAUUCUCAUUGGCCUCGUUUUGACCGCUUGGUGGCGCCAUCAUUAUUGAUGUACAGACGACAUUAAAUUCAAAUUGAAACUUUGCCAUCGGUUUUUUGUUUCUUUCUUCAUUUUAAGUGUGUGCAACUUUCAUUCAUGGUGCAGAAGACUUUGAACAAUUUUAAUUUUUCAAAAGAAUGGCAGAUGAUUCAUUCUGAGGUGUUUAAUUAUUGUUCUAGUGGCCCAAAUAUGGAGUAGUGUGUGUGUGCAGCGCUUUGUAACAGAACGGAAAAGGCGCAAAAACAAAAUGACUAUUCGAUUGGACUGGAUAAUUCUACAAGUAUAUACUAUGUGUACUGCUCUAAUUUGAUUAUGCGAGGUUAAGGAGAUAAAAGGAUAAUAGUUAUUCUUUGUUUACAUAGUGAGGACAUUGACUACAGAUGCGCUGGGAUUUUCUCGUGCAAUUUUAAUAAUGGACAGUUGAAAUAGCGUCCGGACUGUCAUCUUGCAGUAAUAAUUUGUGCUGUAAGUACAAUGACGUAGAGAGGAAAAUCGGAAAGGAUGCAGCGUUCCUUAUCUUUCUCUUUAUUUCAUUUUUUUCUUUACAAAAUGCGAAGAAUUCGGAAUGUUACAUUCAUGAUUAUUUCCACCGUGAUGAUGAUCUCAGUGAUGGGAACCCGGCACAAUGGAGUAGUAUGCCUAACAAUGGAGUAUGUAAUAUUUUAUUAGAAUGCUCCCCCCAGGGAGUGGAGACAGUGCAUACAUUGUGUGCGAACAAGCUAGUAUCCGAUGACUGGUUCUCUGUUGAGUGCUUAGACAAUGUCGUUCCAAUUGUUCGAGCGCUUUACUGACAAGAGAGGAAUAUUAUCAUUAUGUUUAUCAAUAACCUAUAACGAUUGGUGAUUCAUUUAUUGAUUUAUUGCAUUGUGGUUAAACCAUUAUGAUACAAUAUCGAGAGACAUUCUUAAUCCCAUGGGCGGCUAUCCCGUGGAAUAAGGGCACAUUCCUGGGAAAAUCAAAUUUCAUUCAGCAACAAUGGGAAAUGCCCCCCCCCCGUCUUUUUCCCUCCUUGGGGUUCUUCGCCCCUCCCCCAUGAACGUCCAUUUUACCAUGUAAGUGUUGGAACUUGAUUGCAAAAAUGGAAUAUGUAGAUUGGCCUAUAUGAACGGGAAGGGGUAUUGAUAAUAGCCAUUUAAAACUGGUUUUCAAGAUGAAAUGACAAAUCAAACAAUUGGAAUAGAAAUCCAUGGACUAAUCAUUAAAAGAACAUUUCCCUGUUAUUCUGUCGAGUUCUGCUUUGUGAAAGAAGGGGGAAUUGUGCCCCGAUGGUAUCCGUUACUACGCCAUUGGAUUCCGCUUGAAAGCAUCAUUUUUAUUAAGUAUUCAACUUGUGAUUUAUUGAUUUAACAGUAUAUUUGCAAAUAACAGAGGAUUUAUUAUGCUUAUUGAUUUGAAUUUGAUAUUUUAAUUACAUUUGUAUUGUUAUGAUCAUAUUGCUUUUCACGGUUUGUGCCUUUUCAAUAUUAAAGAAUUAUAUGUUAUGCCUCUUUUAUGCUGAGUAAUGUGUUUUGUGAAGAUGAUUUAUUCAGAAAGCAUGUCGUUGAAAAUGUGAAAGCACAAAGGAAGUGCAGAAAAGCGUCCAAUUUCUUUUUCUGAUUGUAUUUUUCGUAAUCUAAGCUGCAGAGUGUCUUUCAAGGAAUAAAGUGCGUUAUUUUGUUACACCUCAAGCAAAUCGAAUCGAAAUUACGAACACCUGCAAAGUGUAGUUUCUGUUAUUCCUCCAGAUUUAUAAAUUUUAUUUAUUUGAUUAUUUAUUGCAAAUAGUAAUCGAGAAUAGCCUAUUUAGUUUGAAAAAAUAUUAAUACUCGUUUUAUAUACAUUGGGGUAACAUAAAAUUUGAAUAUUAUAUUGUCGUUGACAAAAGUAUUUUGAAAAUUGACUUUGGUGAACGGCAACGUGGAUAUUUUUUUACGAAGUGAAUAAUUAUGUUUGAUCAAAGCCGUGAAAAUGUUUAUUUUACUUCCAGUCGCGGCACGACAAGGGGGUAGGGAGGUAAUGGAAUGGUCGAGCCACAUUAUAUUUUUACGGAAAAAACCGUAUGGAAAUAAUAAAAAAUAGAUUGUGGAAAGUUUGCAAAAGAAACUCUUUAUACUUGUCCCUAUUUUUUCAUCUUAUGAAUAAACCAAACACUUUGGGGGUCAUCUUAGCAUUCCUAAUUUCUCCAUUUUCCGAACCCCACGGCACCCCCAUAGGGGACACCCGCGUUCUUUUCUUCUUUUUUUCGGGGGGGGGGGGUAAGAUAACUCUUGUUUUAACAGCGUCUAUUCUGUUCAACCUAGUUCAAAAUAUAGAAAGUUCAAAUUCCCGACUUACCGAUAUAUUUCUUUGGUGUUCAACCGGAGAGAUGUAUAUAACUUUAAUAUGCUCCAAAUUUAAAGCACGCAGUUUGCCUACUGUGCGCGGUCUGCGUGCACAAAUCCAUGCCACUCUUCAUAAAUAAAAUACAAGUAUUGCGAAAUUCAUUACAUACUCUUACAAUAUUCAAAAUAUCAGACCAUUAUCGUUU